CGCAGUUCAGCGCUACAUUUGAAACACCACCGAAGAAGAAGAAGCUGUUCUGCUAUGCGACAGCAGCAGUUGUAGUUCUGAGCAGCUGGACUGUAGAAACUACAGAAAGAACACCGAGAACACAGAGGAACACUGAGGAACACGGAGACGGGCACCGACAUGAGUGACGCCACCGCGGACACGAGCACGCUCUGCCUCUUUGACGUGGACGGCACGCUGACAGCCGCGAGACAGGUCGUGACUCCAGACGUUGCAGAGUUCCUGCAGGAGCUGAAGACUCGGGUUCGGGUCGGCGUCGUGGGAGGGUCGGACCUCAGUAAGAUCCAGGAGCAGCUGGGCAGUGACGUGAUCCAGAAGGUGGACUACGUGUUUGCUGAGAACGGGCUGGUGGCCUACAAGAACGGACAGCUGCUCUCUGUGCAGUCCAUCCAGGCUCACAUGGGAGAAGAACUUCUGCAAGACUUCAUCAACUUCUGUCUCAACUACAUGGCCAAGAUCAAGCUGCCCAAGAAGAGGGGCACGUUCGUUGAGUUUCGUAACGGCAUGUUGAACAUCUCGCCGAUCGGCCGCAGCUGUACGCAGGAGGAACGAAAGGAGUUCUACGAGCUCGAUCAGAGAGAGAAAAUCAGGGAGAAGUUUGUGUCUGUUUUAAAGGAAGAGUUCAAAGGAAAAGGACUUUCGUUUUCCAUCGGAGGCCAGAUCAGCUUCGACGUGUUUCCUGACGGCUGGGACAAGAGGUACUGCCUGGGCAUCGUUGAGAAGGACGCCUACUCCACCAUCCACUUCUUUGGAGACAAAACCAAACCGGGAGGAAACGACUACGAGAUCUACAGCGACCCGCGGACCAUCGGCCACGAGGUGUCGAGUCCGGAGCAGACCCUGCAGCUCUGUCGGCAGCUCUUCUUCUCCUGAGAGCCUCGGACGCUCAGAGACUCUGACGGACUUCAGGCUUCCACUUAAAGGGACUCAAACAGAAUCCGUUUCCAUCCACGUCACGCCUACGGUUUGUUCCGUCGUUCACCUUCUGCAAGUUUAAAAAAAAAAAACGUUUUUUUUUAACGUCCGAUUCUGAUCUGAUCUGUUAUAUUCGUCAAACCAGCUGUUACAUCCUGGGACUGGAGCAACUUCUUAGUUGGCACUGGUUAGAAAAGACAAAGGUCUGAGCACCAUCAUGUUGCUCUGAUCGAUCGUGAUCAGUAAUCAAUCACUUUUCUAACUGAUCUACGUCACUCUGCGUGGAAACCAACAAGCUAAACAAGUGAAUUUGUACCUUUAACCCAAAGUUUCUGGCCAUCGAGCGAACGUUGCUGCCUUUAUGAGAAGAUCCGUGUGAACGGCGCCCUCUUGUGGUCUUUAUCUCCUCAGAACUGGAAAUCAUGUGAAAGUUGUGAUGUAUUUUAUAGGUUCAUGUUUCGGUGAAAGAUCAUAUAUUGGAUUUUAAUCUGUGAUAAAUGGAGGUAUUCCUGAUUUUUCCUUUUCAUUCUCUACAAUAGACUCAAUAGCGUGCUAAACAGUUAGCAUCAGUAGCAUCCGUGUUGCUGUUUGUCUUGCAGCUUGUUCCUACGACUUGGAUGCCAAACAUUUGGUGCAUGCUACUCUCUGUCAUGGUCUCCAGUUCUGUUUGACGGCAGCGUUCGACGUCAACACCUCGUACACCAGAGUUUCUGACGACUUUCUGAGUUUUUGUUCUGACUCGAGGGGGAAAAUUUUUCCUCACGACCCAGACCAGUCCGUCUAGGAAACGAUCAUCUGCUUCAGUCCAACAGAGUCAACACCGUCACCCUUCAGUCACCGUUGCUCUGGUUGUAGACGACGGCGUUCUUCUCUCUCGUAUUCUGGUUUUACGUUUCCUGCCGUAGAGGUCGUGGUGCGUCGGCCGGUUUUACGAGUUCAUGCAGUCUGAGCCUGUGUGUCGUAACCUUUAUAACACGCAGUCAUGUGACGUUCGUGGCACUUAGAAAAAAGUUUUUAUGUUUUUACGACGAUUCUACUGAAAAAUAUGUGAACUGUGGAAAAUAAAUGAAGGGAACAAUC